AUGGAAGACACCCCAAUGGACGAUGGCACCGUCGCCCUCGAAACUCCAGCCGACAAUGUCUUCGUCCCGCCUUCUAUCCACCACGCCGCCACCCUCUCCGGCGAGACCUACACACAUUUCUCUACAGUACCUCCAAGUCUCCUCCCAGAACCCAACUCCACCACCCCCUCUGACCCAUCCUCCAACCAACCCUCCCCAACCGGCCCCCCCUGCGUCCUCGGUGUCGACGAAGCCGGCCGCGGCCCCGUCCUCGGGCCCAUGGUCUACGGAGUAUUCUACCUACCCACGGAGCUCUCCGACCCGCUCCUGAAGCAAAAGCACCACUUCGACGACUCCAAAGUCCUAACUCCCACCGUGCGCUCCCAACUCAUGCAAUCCCUCUGCACGCCCACCACCGACCUAUUCGAUUCCUGCGGGUGGGCCGUAUCGUGUCUCUCCGCGCGGGACAUCGGCGCCAACAUGCUGCGGCCCGCCACGAGCGCAGCCUACAACCUCAACGCGCAAGCCUUCGACGCGACGGUCGAGCUGAUCAAGGGUGUCUUCGCCCGCGGCGUCAACGUCGCCGAGAUAUACGUCGACACCGUCGGGCCCCCGAUUACCUACCAAGCGAAGCUCGCCCGCGUAUUUCCCACCACCAAAAUCACCGUCGCCAAGAAGGCAGAUAGCUUGUACCCAUGCGUCAGCGCGGCGAGCGUGUGUGCCAAGGUCACGCGUGACGCUGCCCUGGAGGUUUUGUAUGAAGCUCGGGCGGCGGGAGAUGCGGCGAGGGGGGGAGAGGGAGAAGACGAGCAGGAAAGCUGGGGCUCUGGAUACCCGUCUGAUGCGCGGUGCGUCUCCUGGCUGAGGAGAAACAUGCAUCCGGUAUUCGGCUGGGGGCCCGAGUGCAGGUUCAGCUGGGGUACGGCGAAGGACAUGUUAGAGACGAAGGGCGGCGUAAAGGUUGAGUGGCCGGUAGAGGAAGAUGACGAGAACAGUCGACUUACUGAUUACUUCGCCGACAGCAGUAAGGAGAAAGAUGCCGAUGAGCUAGGGUCUUGGUUCGGUACUCCAGCUGGUUUAGAGGCGUUUUGA